AUGUCAAGUGGUAGUACAAAGGGUGAGUUCAUCGUUGGCGGAAAGUACCGGCUUGUACGGAAAAUUGGAAGUGGAUCCUUUGGCGACAUAUAUCUCGGAAUAAACAUAGCAAAUGGAGAAGAGGUCGCAGUCAAAUUGGAGUCCCAGAAGGCCCGACACCCACAGCUGCUCUAUGAAAGCAAAGUAUACAAGAUCUUACAAGCUGGUGUGGGUAUCCCUCAUAUCCGGUGGUACGGCCAAGAGCGGGAUUACAAUGUCCUUGUGAUGGAUCUUCUCGGACCAAGCUUGGAGGACUUGUUUAACUUCUGCUCCCGCCGCUUCACUAUGAAGACAGUGCUCAUGUUGGCUGACCAGAUGAUCAGCCGCAUCGAGUACGUUCACAACAAAAACUUCAUCCACCGCGACAUUAAACCCGACAACUUCCUGAUGGGAAUCGGUCGCCACUGCAACAAGUUGUUCCUUAUUGAUUUCGGUCUAGCCAAGAAAUAUAGAGACAGUCGCACCCGUGCACAUAUUCCAUACCGAGAAUAA